AGGGAGCUCUCAGUGCUGGGCUUCCCCUUGCUGGCAGGCAGGUCUCUUCAACUUUGUCCUCUGCUGUUUAAUAACUGCUUGAAAUACUGAGUUUCUCCUUUCACUUCAGUAUUUUCCUCCUUUGUCUAUUUUAAUGUUGAAAUAUUCCAGUCAGUAGAUUUGAUAAAGUCCACCCCCCACCCUUUUUUUUUUUUUUUUUUUUUUUAAGGGAAAACAAUAUGCUUCCUAGUCACAGCUGAGAUAAGGGAGGGGUUUUUUAAAUGGUACUGGAGCAGCCGGUCGGAGGCUGCAGCUUUGCUCCAAUGCUUGCAGUUGAUUCAUGCUGGGACAGCUCUUUGUGAAGCAGAGGGCAAAGGGGGCUGCUGGCUAGUGCUGCUGAGGAAGGAGAUGGAGCGCUUCUUGGGCUUCGUCAAGCAGAUAAGAAGAUCAAGAAGAAGAAAAGGCAAAAAGUACCGGCCAGAGGAGGAUUACCAUGAGGGCUAUGAGGAUGUCUACUAUUAUGCCUCAGAGCAUUUUCGAAAUGAGAGUCCUUACACAAAGUCUGCAAACCAGGCAAAGGCACCUGAUGGAACACUGUCUGUGAGAAGACAGAGUAUUCCAGAGGAAUUCAAGGGCUCAACAAUAGUUGAAUUAAUGAAAAAAGAAGGCACCACCCUAGGGCUUACAGUGUCAGGUGGAAUCGACAAGGAUGGGAAACCAAGAGUAUCUAACCUUCGUCAAGGAGGAAUCGCUGCUAGGAGUGACCAGCUGGACGUAGGGGACUACAUCAAAUCUGUGAAUGGAAUCAACCUGACCAAAUUUCGCCAUGAUGAGAUCAUCAGCUUGCUCAAGAAUGUUGGCGAGAGGGUUGUUUUAGAAGUGGAGUAUGAGCUGCCUCCAGUCUCUGUACAAGGAUCAGGUCUCAUCUUUAGAACUGUGGAAGUUACUUUACAUAAAGAGGGGAACACUUUUGGAUUUGUAAUAAGAGGUGGAGCACACGAUGACAGAAAUAAAUCUCGUCCUGUUGUAAUAACAUGUGUUAGACCUGGAGGGCCUGCUGACAGAGAGGGCACAAUCAAACCUGGAGACAGGCUGCUGAGUGUGGAUGGGAUCAGACUGCUGGGAACGACACAUGCUGAAGCCAUGAGUAUUCUCAAACAGUGUGGACAGGAGGCGACUCUGCUGGUCGAAUACGACGUCUCAGUGAUGGAUUCAGUAGCAACAGCAUCUGGGCCACUGCUAGUUGAAGUUGCCAAAACUCCUGGUGCUGCUCUUGGGGUUGCACUAACUACCUCGAUGUGCUGCAACAAACAGGUCAUUGUCAUAGACAAAAUCAAAUCUGCGAGUAUUGCAGACAGAUGCGGUGCAUUGCAUGUAGGAGACCAUAUUCUGUCCAUUGACGGCACCAGCAUGGAGUACUGUACGCUGGCAGAAGCAACGCAGUUUUUGGCUAAUGCAGCGGAUAAUGUCAAACUUGAGAUUCUUCCUCACCACCAGACACGGCUAGCACUGAAAGGCCCAGAGCAUGUGAAGGUUCAAAGAAGCAGCAGGCAACUUACCUGGGAUUCGUGUGCCAACAGCCACAGCAGCCUCCUCACCUACCACCAUUAUAACACCUACCACCCUGACCAUUGCAGGAUGCCAGCCUUGAAAUUCCAGAAAGCGCCUCCUCAAAAAAGCCUUCCUUUGGUGUCUUCAUCCUUCUCUCCUACCUCCAUGAGUGCAUACAGCCUGAGUUCCCUGAACAUGGGGACAUUACCUCGCAGCCUCUACUCCACCAGCCCACGUGGGACAAUGAUGAGGCGGAAGAUGAAAAAGAAGGACUUCAAAAGCUCCUUGUCUUUAGCCUCUAGCACUGUUGGUUUGGCUGGGCAGGUCGUCCACACUGAAACCACAGAAGUAGUGCUGACUGCUGACCCCAUAGUCGGGUUUGGGAUACAGCUCCAGGGUAGCGUGUUUGCUACUGAGACCUUGUCUUCUCCACCUCUCAUUUCCUAUAUCGAGUCUGACAGUCCGGCAGAAAGGUGUGGGGUGCUGCAGAUAGGAGACAGAAUAGUGGCAAUAAACGGGAUCCCGACAGAAGACAGCACGUUUGAUGAGGCCAAUCAACUGCUCAGAGACUCCUCUAUCACCAACAAGGUCACUUUGGAAAUAGAAUUUGAUGUUGCAGAAUCAGUUAUACCAAGCAGUGGAACAUUUCAUGUAAAACUACCAAAGAAGCAUAAUGUGGAACUUGGCAUCACCAUAAGUUCUCCAUCCAGUAGAAAACCAGGAGACCCUCUGGUUAUUUCUGAUAUCAAGAAAGGAAGUGUUGCUCACAGAACGGGGACGCUGGAACUGGGUGAUAAGUUGCUUGCAAUAGAUAACGUUCGACUUGACAAUUGCUCAAUGGAAGAUGCUGUCCAGAUCCUUCAGCACUGUGAGGACCUUGUAAAGUUAAAGAUCCGCAAAGAUGAAGAUAAUUCCGAUGAGCAGGAGAGCUCUGGAGCAAUUAUUUACACUGUUGAGCUCAAGCGCUAUGGUGGGCCUCUUGGAAUUACAAUCUCUGGUACUGAAGAGCCAUUUGAUCCCAUAAUCAUUUCCAGCCUUACAAAAGGAGGAUUAGCUGAAAGGACUGGAGCAAUUCACAUAGGAGACAGAAUCCUAGCAAUAAAUAGUAGCAGUCUGAAAGGAAAACCUUUGAGUGAAGCCAUUCAUUUAUUACAGAUGGCAGGAGAAACUGUCACCUUGAAAAUCAAGAAGCAGACAGAUGCUACCAGUCCCAAGAAAUUUUCUGUCCCUGUGGGUCACAUAAGUGAACUGAGCGAUGCUGAAGAUGAAACCUCUGCUGCACAGAAAUCUGGCAAACUCUCAGACUUCUAUUCCACUACAGUCCCAAGUGUUGACAGUGCAGUAGAGUCGUGGGAUGGCUCUGGUAUUGAUACCAGCUUUGGAAAUCAAGGACACAGCUAUCAGGCUUCAGGAUACAGCUUCAAUGCCUAUGAAUGGAGGAGUUCUAAACAGACUAGUUUGUCCCCUCCAAGCAAACCACGAAACCACCCAUUUCAUGAUGCAGGGCUGAGCGAUGACGAAUGGGACCGUCCUACUGCAAGCAGCACAGCUUCGAAGAAUAUGUGGCAACAGAAGGAGGCAGAGACACUGGGAGAGAAUCAAGAAAACCAUCUAAAGCAAACUUCUGUAGAAAGAGCAGGGGGAGAGAGCAUCAGGGGUAUGAAGAAAGAGAGCAAGAUGUGGAAAGGUGCCUCUGGUGGGCAAAGAAAAAGUGGAGGACAGCUGGAAGAGUGGAAUACUGCCAGCUUCGCAGGUACCCACGAUAACACCGAGGCUGACCAGGAGGAAAAUUUCUGGUCUCAGGCUCUGGAGGAUUUAGAGACCUGUGGCCAGUCAGGAAUUCUGAGGGAACUAGAGGACAAGGCUGACAGGCGUCUGUGUUUGAGAAACAUGACUCUCUUGGCCACGAUUAUGUCAGGAAGUACAAUGAGUUUGAAUCACGAAAACCCACAACCUCGUAACCAGCUGGGAAGACAGGCCAGCUUCCAGGAAAGAAGUACUGUAAGGCCACAUUACAGUCAAGCUACUCGUAGCAACACAUUGCCAUCAGAUGUGGGGAGAAAGUCCAUGGCUUUGAGAAAAAUUAAGCAAGAAAUGAAAGAAAUCAUGUCACCAACUCCUGUGGAGUUACACAAGGUAACUUUGUACAAGGACUCUGAUGGAGAAGACUUUGGGUUCAGUGUCUCAGAUGGUUUAUUAGAAAAAGGAGUGUACGUUAAAAACAUUCGACCAGCUGGCCCUGGCGAUCUGGGAGGUUUAAAACCAUACGAUAGACUUCUACAGGUAAACCACGUUCGCACCAGAGACUUUGACUGCUGUCUAGUUGUGCCUCUCAUCGCAGAAUCAGGCAAUAAGCUGGAACUGGUUAUUAGCAGAAACCCCCUGGCAUCUCAGAAAGUAAGCUCAGAACAGACUUCAGUAAGCGGGGAGUGGAGUGAUCAGAAUAAUGCCUUCCUUCACCAGAGUGGACACGCUAACAUUAAUACAGAGACACGGGAACCUACAAAUACAUUAUAGCAGAAAUUCAUUUUAGUGGGACGUUCAGUAACUAAAGACAAUUAUGGUGCUAAAUCCCCUUAAGAUUUCUCUGAGAUUGAUGCUCAGAUGCUCUAUAGCACUAAAAAGCACAGGAGGUCAGUCUGUCUGUCUGUCUGUCUCAAGGCUUGUAUUAAUUCAUCAUCACUUUUGAAAAAGUUUUAAUUCUUCAUUAAGUAAAGUCAUUCCAUUCUAAACAAUCUAACAUUAGCAACAGUAUGAAAAAUCAUUAAGGGCCUUUUUUCCCCUAGGUAGGAAAUUGGGGAAGAUGUGUUACACGUGAUUUAAAUGUUGUCUCCCUCAGGCAGCUGCUGUUUGAGGGAAAAGCAUGAAGUUAACCUCUGCCAAGAGGCUGGUGGCCGGCUUGUGUGGUUGAGAACAAUGCUGUCGGUAUGCUUCGCCAGGUUUUCUUGUUAAAGGGCUAGACCUGUGAUUCUGGGGACCUGCAUUCUGCUGGCAAGAAGGGUGCACUCUUCAGACAAAGCAUAGUUUAGAUGGAAUGCUGGUAUGUGGUGAACAUUACUCCCCCACUUCAGUAAAUUUCGUUAGAACAUAUGUUACUCCCUAUGCAAUGAAGUUAUUUAAUGGUACGUCUUGCCAACCAAUGAGGAUUUUUAAGCAGAGACUUUUUUAGCGGGAUAAAAACCUCUGAAAGAGGAUUACCAACAAAAGUAAAACUGAAAUGAGCUCAGACAAAUUAGAAAGAAAGGUUUUAGAGGAAAAUGGCUUUUUUUAAACUAUGUCAGUGGAAGACUGAUACAAAAGCUCUUUAAUGAUGCAUAAACCUGUAAACUUGUACUAUCACAUGUCGUCAGCUUUUUAAACAGUUUCUUGAAGGGCAAAAGUCCCAUUUAAUAUGUUUUGUUUUCCCCCUGCAACACGUUUUUAGAAUUCAAAAUUGUAAAUAUAUUUUACAAACACAUCACACAAAUUCUCUCCUCUCCCCUCAAGCAAUAAAAUACUGCCAUUUGCUUUAUACACUCACCAGCAGCUGCUUUGGUUUAUUCCGGUAUUCAAGUUGUUAUUGGUAAUUAUUGUUAUUGGUGAAUAUAAAGAUACUGGAUUUGUACAUUUGUAGAGUCUCCAUACCUAAGCAAUCACCUUACAGAGUUGUUUCUGGUCAAUUUAAACUGUUUAACUGUUUCCCUGUUGCCAUUUCCAAUACAUGAACAAGCUCACCUGCCCUGCACAUGCAAGAAUCUCUGAUUUCUAUUUCAGCACUGCCAGAAAAGCUCAGAAUGACAUUCAAUGCUGAAUCAUGUAAAAAAAAAGUUCAUGAGUCACUUAAAUAUGUAUUUUUAUUUGUAACAAAUAAGUAUUAAACUGUAAAGUAUUUUUGUACAAAUUUAAUACUUUAAUAGCAUGAUAUUUAUCGUCUAUGUUAUGGUUUUUUGAAAUUCAAACUGUUGCAAAUAUUUGUAUGGAAAAACUGUAUAAAAUGAAAUAAACAGUGAGAUUUAAAGACAUUAAAA